GUGUGUGUGUGUGUUUGUGUGUGUGUUUUUGUUUGUGUGUGUCUGUUCGUUCCAUAUCCUGAUUCCUCACCCACUAAGGGAUUGCCUUGUUUUUCGCAUCUUCGAGAAGCUCUCAGAGGAAUUCCCUCGGCUUCAACAUGGGGAAGAAAACUCAGAUAUUGCCCCACGACUUGGUCCCGGAGGAGAAGAGCUUUUUCCAGAAGGCCAAAUCCCUUUUCCCAGGUCCCCCUCAUCGGGUUACUCCCUGCUCCUCAAGCAGUGAUGAGCAAGUGCUGGAUGUGGAGGGCCAGAACGGCAUCCCGGCUGCCGCCUCAGCAAGGCAGGAGGAGGAGGUAGCGGGCCCAUCCUGGGGGCCAAGUUCAGCUUUGGCGGCUCCUUCUAGUUCGCUGGAAGUUCCCCUGCUUCUGGAGGAACUAUUCCCUCCUGGUUUGCCCAGGGUCCUGGAGAAAGUCAUGCAGGCCUGGGCUGACAAGAGCCACAGGGACACAAGAUCCGAGACAUCCUCCUCCGAGAUCACCUCGGAAUCCUCUUCCACAUGGGACCAAGGGGACGAUUCUGAAGCCGAGGAAGAACAAACGCGAGUCAUCUCGAUCAAAAAGACCUUUGGUGAUCCAAGCAGCAAGAAAGUGCAUCCAGCCCCUCCCACAGAAUGCACCACGUGCCAGGAAAUGCCCCACGAGCCCUCCUUCAAUUGGCCCCUAGCAAAAGAUGCUCAAGGCCAACAAGAGAGCCCAGCCUCUUCCCCCGCCAAAGGCAGGCAAGGGCUCUGGAAAAGGAGAGGCAAAGUCCAGCCAGCCUUGGAUGCCAAGUCUAAAACAACUCCGAGGACGGACCGCGAGCAAUCCUCUUCAAGCGCCCAGAGACAAGGCCCAGAGACAAACCGAGGUUGCUUUCGGGGCUUUUGGAGAAGUUUAUUCUCUGGAGGACGGUAGGGAGGGCUUGGAGCCUAGACUCCAGUUCCAGCUCUCCCCAUUUCCCCCUCCCCCCCAAAGAGAAGAAGUGUGUGAAGGGACCCCUUUCAAUCAAAAAUUCGAGGUAGCACAGGGGUCCUCCAGACCAACCAAAAAAGUGAAGAAAGCCUCUGGGCUGGACGUGAACGUGUCUGAAGAGGGCAACAUGUGGGGGCUAAAUCCACAGAAGAAGUGGGGACUCCUGGUCUAGCUGGGAGGGGCUGGAGCCUCAGCAGAAGCACAGAGUGUUUUAUCUCCCAAACUCUCUGAGAGUCAAGUUGAAGUCUGAGAGCUGGAGGCCUGAGUGAAGCUGGCCUGAGUGGGAUGGCAGCCGGGCCCAGCGGUGCCACUGACUACCUGAAGACCUGGCCCUGGAAAGAAGGAACCAGCCGGCAGUGGGUACAGGGCCAGUGGGGCAAGGAUGCAGCUGGCUGCCACGAUUUGUAGGAGAGGGGACCUCUUGCUUUAGGGGUUCCUGGUCAGAGAUUUUGGGCUUCCUGCUCAAAAGGAAACACUGAACAGAAGCUUGAGGAACUUUGUCACACACCACAAUUAGAGGUGCUUAACAUUCUUGUUUACAAAAUUGCACUUGCAAAGAAGCCUCCCACCAUUCAGAUAUAUAGUGGGAACAGGAAAAAGGAGAAUUCAUCUUCAGAGGUGGACAUUGAAGCAAAAAAGUUUUUACCCUCAAAAGAAAUGUGCAAUUGCUGCAAACCAAAAGGCAAUAAAUAGAACUAACUCAAAAAAGAAUGUAAAAAUCAAAGGAAAUUGAGGAAAAUGUAACCAAAAAAAAAAAAAUCACUCCAAAGAAAAACAAAAUCAUAUGGGGAAAAAAAAAUGGAAACAAAUCUGCAACCCAGGAUAGGAAUCUCAAGAUGAAAAUGAUGUUUUGAAAAAUUUAGAUCAGCAAAGGGAUGCCAGGGAAAUGCUGAAAAUCAAGAAAUAAUCAAACAAAUUGGCAAUAUUGGAAAUAAAUAGAACAAUGUGAAAGCUAAAAGACAGAGCUGGAGAACAGAUUAGAAGAAAAUAGAAAAGCAUAGAAAUUGAGUCCCGGAAAAGUGUGACCAUAAAAAGAAACUUCCAAGAAGGAACCAGCCCCCAAUGGGUACAGAGGCAGUGGGGCAGGGUUGCAGCUGGCUAUCAGUAUUUGCAGGAGAGGGAAACCCUUGCUCUGGGGUUCCUGUUUUGGGGGUUUUGGAGUUACCGGUCACAAGGAAACAGUGAAGGGAAGCUUGAGGAACCUUCCCGGCACACCACAGAGGUACUUAAUCUCUUUUCUCAAAAAUGUUUCUGCAAAGAAGAAUCCCACCAUUGAAAUAUAUUAUGGGAACAGGGAAAAGGAGAGUUCAUCUUCAGACACUUAAGUAAAAAAGCUUUUACCCCAAAGAGUAAUGUGCAAUGGCUGUAACGCUUAAGAAAAUAUGUAGAACUUAAAAAAGAAUUUAAAAUCAAAUGGAAUGGACCGAAAUGUAACCAAAAACAAACCUGUCCAAAAAAAAAAAAAAAAAAAAACCAACCCCUCAAAAAGCUUAUGGGAAAAAAAGGAAACCAACUUACAAUGAGGAAAGGAGUCUCAAAAUGAAAAUAAUUCUUUGAAAAAUGAAGAUUGGCGAUGGGAAGCCAGGGAAUUGCAGAAAAAUCAAGAAAUAACAAAGCAAAUUGAAAUAAAUAGAAUGUGGGGAAAAAUCUGAACAGAAACGAGUGCAAGGGAUAAUGUGGUAAAAAAAAAUUACCCAGGCAUGGAUUGUGUCAAUAUAAAGUAAUUAUUAAAUAAAAUUUCAAAAAAAAAAAAAGGAAAUAAAUAGAAUGUGAAACAUAAAAGAUCUGGAGAACAGAUUAGAAUAGAAUAAAAGUGUAGAACUAGACUAUGUGCAAAGGGUGAUCCCAAACAGAACCUUCCAAGAAGGAACCAAUGAGUCCAGAUACAGUGGGCCAUGGAUGCAGUUGGCUGCCAGUCCUUGCAGGAGAGGCGAGAGCUUGCUUUGGGGCUCCUGGUCAGAGAGUUUGGGGUUCCUGGUCAGAGGGAAACACUGAAGAGAAACUUGAGGAACUUUCGCCCCACACCACAAUUAGAUGUGCUAAACCUCUUUUUGAAAAAAUGCAUCAGCAAAGAAGAAUCCCACCAUUGAAAUAUAUUAUGGGAACAGGGAAAAGGAGAAUUCAUCUUCAGAGGUGGACACUUAAGUCAAAAAGUUUUUACCCCAAAGAGAAAUGUGCAAUUGCUGCAAACCAAGAGAAAAUAUGUAGAACUACUCAAAAAAGAAUUUACAAAUGAAAUGAAAUUGAGGAAAAUGUAACCAAAAAAAAAAAAAAUCCAAGAAAAACCAAAAGCCUAUGGGAAAAAAAGGAAACCAACUUGCAAAGGAGGAAAGGAAUCUCAAGAAAAAAUAAUUCUUUGAAAAUUGAAGAUUGGCAAUGGGAAUCCAGGCAAAUGCAGAAAAAUCAAGAAAUAAAACAAAUUGGAAAUAUUGGAAAUAAAUAGAACAAUGUGAAACAUAAAAGAUCUGGAGAAGAGAUUAGAAUAAAAUAGAACCAUGUAGAACUGGACUACCUGAAAAGUGGGACCAAAAAAAAAACCUUCGAAGAAGGAACCAGUCCCCAAUGGGUACAGAGGCAGUGGGCCAGGGAUGCAGCUGGCUACCAGUCCUUGCAGGAGAGGGGAGCUCUUGCUUUGGGGUUCCUAUUUUUGGAGUUUGGGGAUUACUGGUCAGAGGGAAACACUGAAGGGAAACUUGAGGAACCUUCCUCUCAUACUACAGUUAGAGGUGCUUAAUCUCGUUUUUUAAAAAUUGCAUCUGCAAAGAUGAAUCCCACCAUUGAAAUAUAUUACGGGAACAGGGAAAACGAGAGUUUAUCUUCAGAGGAAGCCAUUUCAGUAAAAAAAGCUUUUACUCCAAAGAGUAAUGUGCAAUGGCUGCAACCCCAAAGAAAAUGUGUAGAAGUACUCAAAAAAGAAUUUAAAAAAUCAAAUCAAAUAGAGGAAAAUGUAACCAAAAAAAAUCUCUCCAAGAAAAACCAAAAGCAUAUGGGGAAAAAAAAGGAAA